CCCGUGGAGGCACCUCUCCUCCCGACUGGGGUUCCUUCAUCCCGUGCAGUCAUUCGUGCAUUUCACUUAUGUUUCCAAGCCCCUUUUGAAGUUGGGGGGGGGGUCACUCCGAAAGCCCAGGGAAUGGUGUGUAUUCUACAAAUGAGGAGGCCCAAAGUGCCGAAGAGAAGCCAGGAAUCUCGGUCCCCCGCCUCCUUCCCCCCUCACUCCCCUCCCAGAAGCUUCCCUGCCCCGAGAGAGGUUGAGGAGAGAGCAAGGAGGUGGGCAGAAGAGACCCCGCGUUAAGGCUGCAUGCAAAGUGGCUUGAGGAACCCAAGCGGUUUCGGCUGUCUCCGGGAGCAGAAGGGGGGCUACGCUCCGAGGGGCGAGCGGGCGGGAGGGGCGCGGAGGAAGAGGGAGUCGAUGCCUCUACAGGACUUGCCGGGACUAAGCAACAACAGCGGACGGCUCGGCCACAUUUAAACUGGCGAGCGGAGCGAAGCUGGAAGCGGGCAGCUCAGCUCAGCCUAGCCCCGGGCGCCACGCACCGAGGGGGACAAGGGCCAGGAGCAUGGAGUCUCAGAGAGGGCCCGACCCAGGUCGUCUGGUGGUGGCUCCGGAGCGCUCAGGUUUAACUCUCAACUGAACGCUCGCGGUGCCCUCCCCCUCCCCUUCCACACCCCCCAAACCCCCGGCCGGGGAGUAGCGGGAUUCCGUGAGGAGUCGGAAGCUAGGGCGCAGGAGGACAAGCGGGGUGGCCGGCGGGGGAAGCGCCCCUUCUCUUCCCGGGUGAGUGCGCUGCAGGAGGCGGGGCGGGCCAGGAGCCCUCGGGUGGGGGGCGGCAACUUCGCCACCAACUUAGGCUAUUGAUGCUGGGAUCCGAUCGGAGAUGGGGCAAGGACAGCGGAGACCUAGACAGGAGGAUACCCGGAGAACUCUGGAGCGCGCGCGGUCCUGCCCUGUUCGAGGAGGAAGGGCAGUGAGCUGGAGGACCUCUCCAGUGGACAUGGGUAAAGUCUUGGGACUGGCCCUCCUGCUGACCACCCUCCUAGGCACCUGGGCAGGGGUGGGGCCUGGCCGGGGGAAACAAGUGGUGACAGUAGCUGUGGUGUUUGCCAGCUCAGCACCCCCAUUGCAGGCUCAGGCUCAGACCCUGGCCCGGGCCCGCCUCACCCCCCAGAACUUCCUGGACCUGCCCCUGGAGAUCCAGCCAAUCACUGUGGUGGUCAACAACACCAACCCCAGCACCCUUCUCACCCAGCUCUGUGGGCUCCUGGGCUCUGCCCGUGUCCAUGGCAUAGUCUUUGAGGACAACGUGGGCACUGAGGCUGUGGCGCAGAUUCUUGACUUCAUCUCCUCCCAGACCCACGUGCCCAUCAUCAGCAUCAGUGGAGGCUCGGCUGUGGUCCUUACUCCAAAGGAGCCUGGCUCAUCCUUCCUGCAGCUGGGGGUGUCCAUUGAGCAGCAGAUCCAGGUGAUCUUCAAGGUCUUAGAGGAGUAUGACUGGAGCUCCUUCGCGGUCAUCACCAGCUUCCACCCGGGCUACGCCGUGUUCCUGGAGGGCAUCCGCUCGUUCACGGAGGCCAGCUACCUGGGCUGGGAGCUGCAGGACAUCCUGACGCUGGAGCUGAGCCCCGGCAGCCCCAGCUCCCGCGUGCAGCGCCUGCUGCGCCAGCUCGACGCCCAGGUGCUGGUGGCGUACUGCUCUCGGGAGGAGGCCGAGUACCUGUUCGCCGUGGCCGAGGAGGAAGGGCUGGUGGGGCCGGGCUACGUGUGGGUGGUCCCCAGCCUGGCGCUGGGCAGCACCGACGCGCCGCCCUCCGUCUUCCCCGUGGGCCUCAUCAGCGUGGUGACGGAGAGCUGGCGCCUCAGCCUGCGGCAGAAGGUCCGGGAUGGGGUGGCCAUCGUGGCCCUGGGGGCCCACGGCUACCUGCGCUACCACGGAGACCUGCCGGCGCCUGCUCGGGACUGCUCCGCCCCGGCCGAACCCGCCAGCCCUGCCGCAGAAGCCUUCUACCGGCACCUGCUGAAUGUGACCUGGGAGCAGCGAGAUUUCUCCUUCAGUGCUGGCGGGUACUUGGUGCGGCCCACCAUGGUGGUGAUCUCACUCAACCGGCAUAGACUCUGGGAGAUGGUAGGGCGCUGGGAGCAGGGCAUCAUUCACAUGAAGUACCCUGUGUGGCCCAGGUAUGGCGCCUACCUGCAGCCAGUGGUGGACAACCGGCACCUGACGGUGGCCACCCUGGAGGAGCGGCCCUUUGUCAUCGUGGAGAGUCCUGACUCUAGCACAGGUGGAUGCAUUCCCAACACUGUGCCCUGCCGGAAACAGAGCAACCAUACCAACAGAUUUGGCAGCGAUGGCUCUGGGGACUCCUACACCAAACUGUGUUGCAAGGGCUUUUGCAUCGACAUCCUGAAGAAGCUGGCCAAGGGGGUCAAGUUCUCCUAUGACCUGUACCUGGUGACCAAUGGCAAACAUGGCAAGAAGGUGCGGGGCAUCUGGAACGGCAUGAUCGGUGAGGUGUACUACAAGCGGGCAGACAUGGCCAUCGGCUCCCUGACCAUCAACGAGGAGCGCUCGGAGAUUGUUGACUUCUCCGUGCCCUUCGUGGAGACGGGCAUCAGCGUCAUGGUGGCCCGGAGCAAUGGCACCGUCUCGCCCUCUGCCUUCCUGGAGCCCUACAGCCCAGCCGUGUGGGUCAUGAUGUUUGUCAUGUGUCUCACUGUGGUGGCCAUCACCGUCUUCAUGUUCGAGUACUUCAGCCCAGUCAGUUACAACCAGAACCUCACCAGCGGCAAGAAGACUGGGGGUCCCUCCUUCACUAUUGGCAAAUCUGUCUGGCUGCUGUGGGCUUUGGUCUUCAACAAUUCCGUGCCCAUUGAGAACCCCCGGGGUACUACCAGCAAGAUCAUGGUGCUUGUCUGGGCCUUCUUUGCCGUCAUCUUCCUGGCCAGCUACACGGCCAACCUGGCUGCCUUUAUGAUUCAGGAGCAGUACAUUGACACCGUGUCCGGCCUCAGUGACAAGAAGUUUCAGCGGCCCCAGGAGCAGUACCCUCCGUUCCGCUUUGGCACGGUGCCCAAUGGCAGCACAGAGCGAAACAUCAGGAGCAACUACCGGGACAUGCACAGCCACAUGGUCAAGUUUAACCAGCGCUCAGUGGAGGAUGCACUCACCAGCCUCAAGAUGGGGAAGCUGGACGCCUUUAUCUACGAUGCUGCUGUUCUCAACUAUAUGGCGGGCAAGGAUGAGGGCUGCAAGCUGGUGACCAUUGGGUCGGGCAAGGUCUUUGCCACCACGGGCUACGGCAUCGCUUUGCAGAAGGACUCCCGCUGGAAACGGGCCAUUGAUCUGGCGCUCCUGCAGUUCCUGGGGGACGGGGAGACCCAAAAGCUGGAAACAGUGUGGCUGUCGGGGAUCUGCCAGAACGAGAAGAAUGAGGUGAUGAGCAGCAAGCUGGACAUCGACAACAUGGCGGGCGUCUUCUACAUGCUCCUGGUGGCCAUGGGGCUGGCCCUGCUUGUCUUUGCCUGGGAGCACCUGGUCUUUUGGAAGCUCCGGCAUUCUGUGCCCCAGACCCCGAGGCUGGAUUUCCUGCUGGCCUUUAGCAGGGGGAUCUACAGCUGCUUCAGCGGGGUACAGAGCCUCGGUAGCCCCACAAGGGCGCCCAGCCCAGACUUGACAGCCGGCUCCGCUCAGGCCAAUGUGUUGAAGAUGCUCCAAGCGGCAAAGAAAAUGGUGAAUACAGCGGGCGUGGGGAGUUCCCUGGACUGUGCCACCCGUACCAUCGAGAGCUGGGGCAGCCACUGCGAGCCUCCACCCUCCACCUUUUCUCUUCGAAACCCUCAACUGCUGCUGCAAAGCGGGACGCUGAGCCUGCCGGGCAGGGCCGCCCGAGCCCAGAACGCGUGGCCCCCGGGCCCCCGGGGAGGGCCCCGAGACCCUGGCCACAAAGGCCAGGCUGGCUCGGGGGACCUGGUGGUUCGGAAGGUCCUCGCUUCAGCCCCCUUGCCCCUGCCCGACAUCCCCCCCGUGCCUGGGUGUCCCGGCAAGAGCUCCCCCCGACGGAUGGGACCAGGACGCGGAGGCAGGCUGUUCUCAGGCUCAGGUGGGUGCCACCCUCCUGAGUGCCCAUUCCCGGCUGCUCCCUGCACCCACGGAUCCUUGCUCUGGGCAGACCGGACGGGCCGCCCCUUCCUCCCGCUUUUCCCAGAGCCCUCUGAACCCGAGGACCUGCCUCUGCUGGGGCCCGACCAGCUGGCUCGACGGGAGGCUCUCCUGCGCGCGGCCUGGUCCCGCGGGCACUGCCUGCGCCAGGGCUCUUGGCCAAGGUCGAUGGCCGAGUACUGCUCCGCGCCCGGCCCGUGCCCUCCGGCAGCCUCGAUGCCCACCCUGUGCCCUUCCCAGGCUGCUCAGGCGAGAGGGAGCCCUGCGCGCUCUGGUGCGGACCCCCGGGGGGCCUGGAAGCGCUUGGCCCAGGCCCAGUCCCUUCGGCUGCCCUCCUACAGGGAGGCGUGCCAGGAAGCAGCGCCUUCUGGGCCCCCCAGUGUGCUGCAGAGACAGUACUAUCUCAACGCCUGCGCCCCUCUGCCGCUCUACUGGGGGCCUUUGUGUCCACAUUCCCCGUCCUGUGCCGGCCAGGCCCCCUGGAGCACUGAGACCUGGGGACCUCGAAAGCACAGGGGCAGGACUUUGGGGGGGCUGGGCGCCAGCUACAGGGAUAGCGGGGGGUGGGGGGAGCUGAGGGAGGCCGGGCCCACAGCCUGCAGGACACACAGUCCCCUGGGGCCCUGCAGCUGGAGGCGAGUCUCCAGCCUAGAAUCAGAGGUGUGAACGAGGUGGGCUCCCUCACCUCCCACCACCUGGUGGUCCUGCUGGGGAUCUCAGCUGAAGAGCGGGCGGGAGGCGGGAUGGAUUCUCCUGCUGGGUCUGUCCCAGUCAGGGGCCAGCGGGCUCCCAAGGGGCACCUAGCCCUCAUCCCAGACUCUGCCCCGAGUAGUGUUACAUAGACCGCAGACCCAUGUCUUCCACGGCCAUCCCCGUGACUCUGCUGAUCUCUGACCCUGGAGGAGGGGGUCAGCGAGGAGCUUUCUUCUUGUCUUCCAUCUUUCCAUUCUCUGCCCCCAGCGGGGGCUUCUGGGAUUCCGAUUAUUAGGCAGUUGGGCCUGGUCUGGCUCCUCGACUGGACUUGGGGAUGAGAGCGCCUGGAGGCAGAGAGAGGACCAUGGGAAGAGUUUUCUCUCCCAGCCAGAAGUUUUUUCUCCAUCAGACUCUGGGUUAUUAAACAUAGUUUUGAGAAA